GGAGGAUAUGCACAAAGGGCACCUGCCUCUCGGAAUCCUAGUUAUUCACACAAGAAUAUCCAUUCACAUCAUCAAAAGCCAGGCUCCAAGCGCAACCCAAAUGGUCCUCCACAUGUUUCUGUUCCAUUACCUUAUCAUCAACCACCAAUGCCUCCACUUUUUCCGCCCAUAUUACAUCCUCCUCAUCUCGCUGUUCCUGGAUAUGCUUACCAGCCUCGACCUGUAGCUGGUGUUGAAGUACAUAUGGUUAAGCCUAGCAAUGAGACAUCAGUACAAGCUUUUGUUCCACCUGUUGAGCCUCCGCCCCGAGGUGAUCCAAGUGGUUAUGUUGUUGGUAUUCAUAAUAGAAGACCUAAUAUGCAAGAUCCUGGUGUUCAUUGGAACCAUGCUUGGUAUCAUCAGCGGGGAUUUAAUCCAAGAGACAACAUUUCCAUGCAACAUGGUGCUGGACCACGCCCUUUCAUGCGACCACAAUUUUUUUCUCCAGCUCCUGGCUUCAUGGUUGGUCCAAGUUUUCCUGGACAUGGACCUAUGUACUAUGUUCCGGUUCCACAUCCUGAUGCAAUUGGGAGACCGCCUCAUUUUAUUCCACACCCUCUUAAUCCAAGGGCUUCAAUGCUUCCCCCAGAUAUGCUAGCUCUUCGGGCCAACAUUGUAAAACAAAUUGAGUAUUAUUUUAGUUGCUCCAUAAUUGCCUUGCAGAAUAGUGGCAUCGAAAAGAGAUCUACAAGUGGAGGCAAAGAAUCAAAAUCAAUAUCUAAAGAGCUUGCUUCAACAAUAAAUGAUGGUCUUUACUUCUACGAGCAAGUACUGGAAAAAAAGCGAUCUAAUCGUAAAAAGAGCAAAUGCAACUCAGAGAAUAGGGAAGGAGCCUCAAGAUUAUCUAGCAAUGCUUCAGUACCAGCAAGGUCAAAACCUAGUGAAAAUUCUGCUGGAUACUGUGGUUUGGAUGAAAUCGGAAAUUCUAGUCCCAGGAAGAAACAAACUAAAACCUUCCCUAAACAACAAUCAUCACAUAAGCAGCGCUUUUUCUCCAGCAACUUUAGAAAUCAUGGAACCAGUCGGAACUCUCUUGGCAUUGUAGCAGAGAGUCCACCUAGCAAUUCUGUUGGUUUUUUCUUUGGUUCUACUCCUCCUGAAAGCACAAGCUCCAGGCCAUCGAAAUUGAGUGUUUCUCCUCAUGGAAAUUUCCUUGCAAAUAGUCCACCUGUGGGUUCCCUGCCCAAGUCUUUUCCGCCAUUUCAGCAUCCCAGUCAUCAACUUCUAGAAGAAAAUGGUUUUAAACAGCAGAAGUACCUUAAAUAUUACAAAAAGUGCUUGAAUGAUAGAAAGAAGUUGGGAAUUGGUUGCAGCGAGGAAAUGAAUACUCUUUAUCGGUUUUGGUCUUAUUUUCUAAGAGACAUGUUUGUCAUUACAAUGUACAAUGACUUCCGAAAAUAUGCACUGGAAGAUGCUGCGUCUAACUAUAAUUAUGGAAUAGAAUGCCUUUUCAGGUUCUAUAGCUAUGGUUUGGAAAAGGAAUUUAGGGAGAAUUUAUACGCGGACUUUGAACAGCUUACACUCGAGUUCUUCCAGAAAGGAAAUCUGUACGGCCUUGAGAAAUACUG